AUGGAGACAGCCAGUUUGUGUCAUCUCGGAGACGAGGCCGGGCUUCGCCAGGACAGCGCCUGUCACAACCGCCCAGCGUCCCUCGAGCAGCCGAGCUCGCAGUCAGAGCCGAUCGCGGGGCGGCGUGUCCGGCAGUCAGCUGCAGUCUGCGAGAACAGACAGGUGGAGGAGAGGAGGAGAGCAGACAGGUGGAGGAGAAGAGGGAGAUUAGAGUAGGUGGGGGUGCAGAGCAGGUAGACUCUUAUUGUUUACCAAAGGGAGUCAUUAAAAUACUCCUCCGUCUCUUUAUUGUUGUGAUUUGUUCGCUCGUAUUUGUUCAGAGGAGGGUUAGUCUCUAUUGUUCAUCAUGAGGCCUGACGCUCUGAUCACCUCCUCUCUCUGCUGUCCUGUCGAGGAGGAGACGCUCGCUCAGUGACAGCUCCUCCUGUUUUAUUAAUAAGCAGACAAACAGCUCGUCUAUAGGAUGGGCCAUUACCCUUUUUUGUGUUUCACACCUCUUUCUUCUUCUUCUUUUUACCCCGUCUUUGUGAGAGCAGAGGAAAACAAACUCUCCUGAUCGUAGCCUGAAUAAGAGAAGAAAAGGAGCUGACAGAUUUUUGGACAAAUAACUCCACAGUUUCUGUCGAAUGUAAGUGACGAUAUCUCUAAUAACUCCAAAACCAGAAGUGUGUGGGUCUUUUUCUUUCUGAGCAGGAUCUUUAAAAUCACCAUGUGUUUUUUCUUCUCUUAUAAAAAUUCACAUUUAUCAUUUAACUUUUAUUGGCAGUCAAACUGUCGAAGUUGUAUUCACUCGACUUCUUUUCUUCAUCACAGUGAUGCACAUUUGGAUGAUGAAGUCAAUGCAAAAGUCCAAAAAAGGUGUAAUUCCUGGAGUGCCCACUAGAGGCUGGCCUCAAAAGCCAAGGAUCCCACAUACACACCAAUUCAAAAAAAGGUAAAAAACUAAAUAAAUAAACAUAUUAGCAAACUGGUCCUUGUAACAGUUUCAGACUGAAUAGCUCUUUUGUCUCCUUGUGACAGGGUUAAAUUUUAUUCUGACUUAUUAGUUUUUACAGAAUCAUAGUUACAGGUUCUGACUUACGACUAAAUUCCACAGGAUACAGAACAGCUGCACUACACCCGGGAACAGCAGCCUGAUCAAAUACACAAGGAUUAAAAUCAACGUGCGUGAUUCCACACAGUCCUGCUCCGCUGCAGAUCGGCUCUGGCAGUUGGGAUCAGAUAAGCAAGGCUUUUAUUUUUGCCGGACGCCGCAGCACAACGCAUCAAUUCAGUGCAGCACAAGCGGCAGUGGAAGUUGAGUGCGGCUAAAAAUAUCUGGUUGAUUUUCAAAAUAAAAUAAAGUCAGUUUGGAUUCGGUGGGCGCUGUAUCCUUGCGUUUUUGAUCUGCCUGCCGCUCCGGAGUGUAGUGUAACAGAUCUGCAUGCGGUGGAAUCCUGACGUUAACCAACGUGUGCAGAUUGUAGGUGUUAAUGAGGAGACCAAAGUCCUGCCUAAACUUCACCUCUUUGACUCUUGAUGGGUUGAUCUAAGCUCAGGUUGUGUCUGUGUUUCAACAUGAGGAUGGCUGUUGACUGACUGACGUAACAGAGACUGGCAGCCUUCCUAAAACUGCAUCUCUGCCGUAUUGAGUGUGAUUGUGUGUGGUGUGAGAGUGGGCUGUUAACAUCCGGGAGACGACUUGCAACAAAAGGGAGCAGGGAGUUGAGACCACCUGGCAACCAGCUCCCCAGCAUGUGGUAAAAAAGCGGGGACUCUUCUGACUUGAGAGGGGUCACGAGUCUUUGGAUAGACUGACAGACUUGCUGAAAGGUUUUUCAGAGCGCUGCCUCCUCCUGUACUCAGUCUGGUCCUUCAGUUUGACCCAGAUGAGUGUUUUUAUGAAGGUUUUCUUUGUGUUGGAGGGAUUAUAUAAUGACCAAACAGAGGAGAUAAUGAUAUAUGAUUCACACAUGUCACCUGUGUUCCCCCCUGUUCCUGCCGUGUGCCUCUAAUCAAUGAGACCCCCCUCCCCUCCUCACUCAUCUUGUGGGCUGUUGCCCUACAUCAGCGCUCAGCCGCAUGUCUGCAGAACUUGCUCUAAACGCUCUGUAAGCACUUUAUCACAAACGCUUGUUCUUUUGGUCUUUUUCUGCUUUCUUGUUGUUUUGUUUUUCUUCUUCCCCCGUCUCCCUCCCUCCCUCUCUCCCUCCCUCCUUUUAAAAAUAAAAAAAGAAACCUGCAUCCUGACGCUCAUUAAAAGAGAAAAGAGGAGAAAAACAUCAAGAGAGUGAAGCGAGGCACUCUCAGCUCGCCUCUCUCCAACCUGCGGUCACGUUCAGCCGUCACGGCGCGGCUUUGUGCGCUUGUUAUCCGCAUCAGACCGCCUCUGUUUUCUAUCAGCCGCCACCGCACAUAAAGACGAUCAAUUAUGGAUCAAAUGAGAGCCUCUUUUUUAAUUCAGCGCCGUCUUUCCUUCAUGCAGGCAGAGGCCCUCCACGGCGCGCUCCGCUCCACAGUGGGAACAGUCGCAGGAGGGGAAUCCACAGGGUCACAUGAUGCCUACAGCUGACAGUGAGGUGUCCAGGGUCAAAGGUCAGAGACACGGUGAAAGUCCUGAUCAGUCCAGAUGUUUUCCUGCCUUCUUCAUGGUUUAUUUUCUGAUGUCUGGAAAAAUGCCGACCAGUCGUAACCGUCUCACAGUCUUCAUCAGGUCUUGGUGACAAACAAAGAUAAUUAAAAAUGAAAGAACAGCUGCAGAAUUAUUUUGGCCUUUAAGUGAAUUUUUACAUUUUCUAUUUUUUAUCUUUUAAUUGAAUUACUUUCUCUUCUUUUAUUUAUUUUUUAAUCCCUUUUCUUUCUCUUGGUAUUUAAUCCCUCGUUUAUAAAUUAUAGUUUCAACGUUUCCUCCGUACUCCUGUCUUUCCUUCUUGUUAACCGGUUCUCUUUCUUCUCUCUCAUCAUUUCUUUGUCUUCUUAUCUUUUCUUUUUCAUCUUUUUUUUUCCUCUGAACAUCUUCUGCUCCAUUUUUAUUGUUUUUUCUUCCAUAUGUGUUCAUGUAAUUUAUCCCUGUUUUCCUCACUCAUUUAUUUAUUUUCCCUCCAUCUGUCUUCAUCGCUUCAUACUUCUCUUCCUCAGUUCUCAGCUCUCCAACUUUUAUUGAAAUCUCACCUUCUUUCUUUGUUCCUUUCUUCCGUCCUCCCGUCCUGUCAUCCUUCUUUUCAUUCUUUCUUUCUUUCUUUCUUUCUUUCUAUCUAUCUUUUUCCUUCCUCCCUUCGUUUCUUUUCUUCUUCCCUCCAAUCUCUUUCAUUCCCUUUUUCUUUCUUUCUUUCUUUCUUUCUUUCUUUCUUUCUUUCUUUCUAUCUUUUUACUUUUUUCUUUCUUUUUACUUUUUUCUUUCUUUCCUUCUUUUUUAACUUUUUUCUUUUUACUUUUUCUUUCUUUCUUUCUUUCUUUCAUUCAUUUUACAUUCUCUUUGUUUCUCUUUUUUCUUAUUUCUUUAUUUUUUGACUUUCUUUCUCUCUCUCUGUCUCUUUUUCUUUCUUUUUCUUUCUUCCUCCUUCUUAUCAUCCUUUCUCCCUGUGAUGUUUUUCCUUCCUCUCCUCUGUUGUUUAUUUCUCCCCCUCUUUUACAAACCUCAUCUCUUUAUUUCUCCUCUUCUUUCUGACAUUUUUUACACCACCUCUUUUCUUUUUUUCUUCAUCUUUGUUCUUUUACAUCCUUUCCUUCUUUUUGUCUCUCAAUAUCUAAACUUAAACUUGUUAUUACACAUCCUAAGUGUUCAGAAACUUUUAAAAGUUCAUUUAAGUUCAUUUUAAAUUUCAUGAACUUGACCUUUAAAUCUGAUGGAGAAUUUUCAGUGAUAAAAACAAAAACGUAAAACCCACACUCUCUCUUUCUGUGUGUGUGCGUGUGUGUGUGUGUGUUAUCUCUCCAGCUGUUUCAGUCAAACAGAAGAUAACAGUAUAACGUCAUCCCCUCUUCUUCCGCCUCUCCCCCUCCUCUUAUCCCCUCCAUCACUCUCAUUCAUAAUUUAUCCGGAGGCUGAGUUUUUGCCGACACACUCCGGCGUGGCGGUGAAAACACUCUCUCCAGUUUCACUCGGGCUGCGUGCUGCGUGGCCACUUCCUCCUGCAACAGGAAGCAGGUGUCGAUAAGUACAGGAAGUGAAAACUGGCACCGGCCUCAGGUGAGUCUGUCCUCUUAGGUGUUAGAUAUCCCUUACCACACACACACACACACACACACACACACACACACACACACAUACACACACACACACUGCUCAGCGUUAAAAGCACACACAUCUGAACGGUCUGCUUUUUAUUCUUCUCGUAUAUUUUUGUUUUUUCUCCGGAAACUUAAAUUUUUUAAACUUUGUUCUGAUUUUUUCUUAUUUUUUUUCAUUGAUUUAUUGUCGAAAAAAAUAGUAAAGCUGUUAAAAAUAUGUAAGCACUUUGUUAAAAUAAAAUCUACCGUUAAAAUAAAAUAUAAAAUAAUAAUUGUUUUGGACCUUUAAUGAAAAAAAACAAGUUUAAAAAAAAAGAGACAAAGUUUGUUUUAUAUUUGAUGCUUUCUCAUCUUUUCUUUGCUUGUUUUUACAUUUUUCAUUCCCAUCUUUUACAUUAAUAUCAUUCCUGCUUAAUUUGCCAUCAUAUUUCUAUUAUUUUCAUAUUAAUUUUCAUGAUUUCUUCAUAAAAUUUGUAAAAAUAUAGAAAGAAAAUCCUCAAACUUGACGAAAAGUAACUUCUGAACCUGACAUAAAGCUGUUAUUCGUCCACAGAAACACCUGACGGGCGGCAGCAGACAGGUGAGCGCGUCCUCUUCAGUGUUGAAUAUCACUUACCUGUGAGCUUGACUCCGGCUGCAGUUUACAAAUCAAUCACAGGUGGAAGAAGUCUCCGUUAACCCUCAGGUGUCACACAGGGGACAAAAUAGAAAGGUGAGGGACAGAAAAGCAGCUGAGCACGAUCAUUAUUCAGUUGUUUCUCUACACUUGAGUUUGCAUGAAAAAUAUGCAUCAAGACUUUUUGCUUGAUGUCACUUUUCACCUCAAAAUCACAACAUUUUAAAAAACACUUCUUUUUUGGGCAUUUUAAGGCAGCCCCUUUUUGCUUUUUUGACAUAUUUAGGAGUCCAAAUGACCUUUUGAACCAAAUACUGUGGAACUGCUGCAUUCAAUGGAGGUCAAUAAACAGGUUAAACCAUCUGACAGGUUCAAACAGGUUAAACGGGUUCAUAUUAUUACUCAGAGGAUCCUGUCUGAGAUUGUGCUGAAUGUUUUAGAGCAUGAUCGCUUUGAUUCCACCAGACUUCACAAACAAAAACAAGUCAUUUUAACUCUACUGCCACCAAACUCUGUUAGUUUGUGAUUUUUGUGUCUUUAUUGGCAGGUUUGAAAUUCAGGAUUCGUCAUAAAACUGCAACAAAACCUUUAAAUUAAGGGAAGUCUCAUGUUAAACUGGUGUUGUUCAAGGUGAAAUGACAACAAAGUUCAUGCAGACGAGGUAGAGAGAGAUGCAAACUAACCCACACACCUGUUUGUCCCUGUUUCUGAUAAAUAACUGCCAUGAAUGAAGGUUUUAUUUUCAUCUUUCUUAAAUGCUUUUAGCCUCAUUUUACGAUCGUAGUCUCUCUGCAAAAGCUUGAGUACAAACCUGUUAUAGACACAAUUCAGGCGAGUGUUUUUGGCUAAAUCUAUCGACUCUUGUGCAUGUCAGAGAGACUUGAACCUGCAGCAGUCAGAGCAGGAUGAUUUCCCCUCCCUGUUAUUUCUCCACACUGACAGGAUAAAUGUGUGUGUGUGUGUGUGUGUGUGUGUGUGUGUGUGUGUGUGUGUGUCACGUCUGAAUCAGACAGGAUGGAUUUCUGUAUUCUGUGAUAUUCCUGCGUGGCUGCAGCUCCUCCUGAGGGAGCGUUAGUGUGAAAACAGGGCCGGAUCCCUGAGAGGGCUGUUAGCGAGCGGUUUCAAUUAAAGACGGGAGUGAGCUGCUGCAGAGACACAGAGCAGGGAGAGAGGUGAAUACAAGCUUUUCUUCUUAUUAUUAAUAAGAAAAGCCAGGAGUUCAUGUGGCUAUACGUGCAAAGAAGGAGUCAAUCAAUCAGACUAAAGAAGAAAUGUUUGUGUUUUAUUCUCGUUUAAUGGAUUUAAUUUAUAUAAAUGCUUCUUUAAUUCCAGUAUAAAUUGUAAAAUUCAUAAUUCAAAAUUAAAAUGCAUUGUGGGUUUUACCUCCUUAACAUUUCAGUUCCUUUGUCAUGUGGUGUCAGUAUAUUGUAAUCCCUGUUGUCAGACUGCGGUUUGGGAUCAUAUGAAGGUCUUCUCUGGAAAAGUCAUAGUCAGGAUUUCAGCAGAUGUUGCUCCUAAACCUGGAGAUCUUGUUCACAUUUGUUAUGUUCAGGAAAGUUUGUACAGAUGCAGUGAUGAACUGUGUUCACAUGACAGUAGAUUUUGAGUCAGUGCGGUGAUUCUCACUACAGAGUCUUGUCUGUUUUUAAUGUGGGGCUGAAGAUCAGGACCAUACAGUCUUGGUUUUGGUCCUCAUCCUUUAACUUUUCUGGUGUUUUGUUGUCCUUUUCUUGACUUUUUGACACAAAUUCUGGCAUCAAAUGUAAAGAAGAGUUUUGAUUUUUUCAAUAAACUGGUAUUAUUUGUUUCAGUGUUGGUUAAAUGUUUACUGUUGUCAAUUAAAUGUAGGGUUUGAAUGAUUUUCAAACAAUUAUAAUCUGCUUUUAUGAGCAUUUUACACAGUGUACCAACUCUCAUGGGGCGCUCACACCAAGCUCAAGUAAAAUCAUCUACUCGCCUAAUUUGUGCGAAUCUAGAUGCGUGAAUGAAUAGUAUUUACUCGCUCAAUUCGCGUGUCAACGGUAGAUUCAACGGUAAUCCCUGCCAAUUCAACCGGCAGGAUCAAGUGAUAGACAAAAGUUUUUUACAAUUUACCAGGUAAUCCGACCUCCUCACUCACUUACCUCCAGACGAGCUCCUUAAAAGAAAAGCUACCAUAUAAUUCAGGGCACCCACACACCGACACGAUCAGUUUGUCCCCCAUUUUAGACGCCAGUGAACAACCGUUCGUUUACAUACAUCAGCCGUCAACCUUCGUGCUGAUUGGUUAUCGCAACGUGAUUAUCCGCUCAAGUUGAGACACGUUCAGAGUAGUACGAGCGUCUAAUCGCAUCUUCGCAUUGACUUAACAUGUAAUUCAUUCGCGCAAAUGAUUUUACUCACGCUUGGUGUGUGGAGACAGUUAGAGAAUUAAGGUAGUAGUAAGUCACUUUAAUUUCAUAUUCAUAGUUAGAGUGUCGAGCUUUAGGGAUUUCUCCAUUUACAUACAAACCUUUACCUGUAAAUAUGGUCAUUCAGGUGCCGCUGGGACUUUUCUUUGUCGAAGGUGGUCUCCAUCACAAAAAUGUUAAAAUUCUGCAUGUGGACAGUUUAAUUAGCAGUCAUUGGGGUAUAUUUGAAUCAAGUUAUAGGUUGAAGAUGUGGCCUGUAAUAAAGCAAAGGUCAGAGACUCUCUCCCCUCUGGGAACCAUCGAUACUGUUAAGAGAGUUUGGUGAAAAUCUGGCAGGAAGUUGUUGAGAUAUGAUGCUGUAAAUUCGAAGUAUCGCCAUGAUUAUUCAGACAGCAGAGACACUCAGUGACUGAACAGCAACCCCAGUAUGGAGGAAAGAGUUUACAGCUUCCUCUGACGGAGGCCGGGGGUCUUAAAAGUAAAGUGAAAUAAGUCUUUAGACCUGACAUGACCUGCUCUCUGCUUCCCAAGCAUGCAACACCUCUCUCUCUCUAUCCUCUCUCUCUCUCUCUCUCUCUCUCCCUCUCUCUCUCUCUCUCUCCCUCUCUCUCUCGUUUUCUCUCUGGUCGUGGCAGCAUUCCCAGGAGACAGUUUUCCGUACGGUUUUCCGUGAGCAGGAUGAGAUGAACUCCACAUCUCUCACCCGUAAAGAGACGGGGCGAAAAGCAGCUGCCUCAGCACCUGCCGGCCCCCAGUGAAAAUCAAAAUAUCAAUAAGCUCUUAUAGCAUUAAGGAAAAUGCCUAAAUCUGACACUUUCUCUCCCUCCUCUCUCCCUUUGCCAAUAUCACUCAACCACUUACACUUGGCAUGGGCCCACUGGAGAGUUUUACAUGUACAUUAAGAGAGGCUUUCUGCCUCUAUUUGUCCUCCUCCGCCUCCGUCUCCUCUCCACUAUAUCUAUUAAAGUAAAUAUACUCCGGCUGGGCGGUGACACAUAGUCCAUCCUCAUUCAUUUUUGAGCAGGUGAUUGACAGGACUUGAGUUAUCGCUGCAGUUAAAGAAGAAGACCGCAGAAUCGGAUCCCCGUGCCAGUCUCAUAAUAAUGUUAACGUUUUAUUACGGGAGGGGAAACAACACGACUGGUUGCUCCGUUAGAAUAAGGUGGAGAUCGGUCAUAAUCUGUAAGUGUAAAAGCUCCGACCCUCCUCGGGGAAAAAAGUGCCUCACCAAGGGAAAAAGGAUGAAGAUAUGAUCCGCAUAAAAGGUCUGGAAAAGUGGGCCGAAUAAGCAAAAAGAGAUAUGAGAGAGGAGCGAGAGGAGUUUAAGUAGGGAGUAAGGUGUUGGAGGGAAGGAUGGCCUAGGGCAGGAAGUGGAUAAAGAGAGGAAGAAGAGAGGGAUGCAGGGCAGAGAGAGAGAGAGAGAGAGGUGGUAAAGCUGAAUGAUUGCUCUGUGAGAAUUAUUAUUGAUGAUUCAGGCGGUGUGAAUUAUUAAUGGGGAACGAAAAGCAUCUUUGAACGUGUCUCUGACAUUCAAUACUGACAGAGAUCAAUGAGCUGGCGUGGACGUGGAGAGGAGGGAUGGAGGGAGGACGGCAGAGGAGGAGGAGGAGGAGGAGAGGAAAAAUGAAAAGGAGAGGAGAGGAGGAGAGGAGAGGAGGAGAGGUGUGUUUGGACAAGUGGAGUCCUUCAGAUGAGGAGGGGGGCUUGUCAGAAAGACUUAGAGAGGAGGACGGCUGA